AUGGGUAAAGAAGAGGAUAAGGCCGGCCCGCACUCGCACAAUGAGACUCCCCCGUUAAAGGACGUCGACGAGAAUGGCAAGACGGAGCACGAGGCUGAGGAGGUGGUUAUCCUGACGCGUGGUCAGAAGUUCAAGCGUCAUAUGCGGCGCUUUUGGUACUAUUACCUUGGGCUGCUCAUCUUCUCGAUCAUCUUUUUGCCUGUCUUCUUCCUCGUCGUCAUCCCAGCAGUCGCGCAGCUCGUCAUGAACAAGUCAGAUCUCGUCCUGGUCCACGCCGUCGUCUCCCAGCCAAAGGACACCUCAACCAUCUUAACAAUCGAAUCCAAGAUUGACCUGGGAGUCGCCAUCCCAGUCCGCAUCGAGCCCGUCACCUUGAACCUGUUCGACCGCACCCUCGGGAAGGACUACCCCUAUGCAGCAGCAAACAUCGCCGGCCAAACAAUCAGUGGCAAUUACUCGCUGGGAGUCGAAGAACAGCUAACGCCAAUCCAGAACAUGACGGCCUGGAGGAAGUUCGUGCACGAGGUCGUCUUCAUGGAGGAGUCGACUCUCUCCGUCAGUGGCGGGACGAAUGGAUAUCUCGGCGUGCUGAAGUGUCCUGUCAAAAUCGACAAGGAUAUCACGAGUCCUGGCCUCAACAAGUUCAACGGCUUCAGCAUCACAAACGCCGCCCUCGUCAAAGCACGCCCAGACGGCUCAAACCUCAUCGGCGACGUAACCCUACCCAAUCCCACCGUCAUCGUCCUCGACGUCGGCACCCUCGUCCUCGACGUCAAGAGCGGCGACCUCCUGAUCGGUAACGCAACCCUGACGGAUGUCCGCCUCGUCCCAGGAAGCAACACCUUCCCCCUCAGCGGCGUGCUCGAUCUCGGCACCGUCAUCGACAACCUAGGCGACGUGCUCUCGACGCAAGGGCCGGCGCUUAAACACGGCAAUCUCAGCCUCAGCGCCGUGACCAAGUCGAUUACUUUCGAGAACAACUUUGUCGAGUAUUAUACCGAUGUCUUGAGCCAGCUGACUCUGACCACGGAAGUCGCGAUUGGGGCUUUGCUGAAGAAUACGAUCCAGAAUAUGGAUUUGGGGAGUAUUCUCAACGGCGUCAGUAAUAACUCUGACGCAAAGGCUCUGAUUGACGGUGCCGAGAGCACGGCCAAGAGCGAGGAUAGUGGCAGCGGUGGUGGUGGUUUAGCGAAUCUCGCGGACAAUUUGAAGAGAAAUAUCCAUAUUCGAGAUGUCUUGGACCAGGACCACCCGGAUCAUGGCGAUGCGAUCAUAGACUCGCUUGUUCGGACGUUCGAUGCGUCAUAG